AUGGAAGAAUCUUUCACCAAUCUUCCGAGCAGCCAGCUUCCUGGCUCUGUCCCGGCUGUGAUUAGUGAAUGCAACAAAACUACUAACCAAGAAGUUACAGGUGCAAACCUGCAAAUAUUUCCUCCCAAUAGUCAGGGAUAUCAAACUCUCGGUGCUCCCAGUGAUGGUGGUGGACAACAGCCGGCAAACAACUGGAAAGGACUGCUUAGCAUCUCUUCAUACACUCAAUAUUUUAAUGUAGACACGGACAUCGUACUCAACAGAUUGAUCAGUUCUUUGUAUCCUUCAACAGGAGAUUUUGUGAGCAAAAUCGAUGCAAACCCUGACCUCUAUGGUCUUGUGUGGAUCUCAACAACAUUGGUUUUCGUGAUUGCCUCCCUCGGGAACUGUGCUACCUACUUAAUGCAAAGAAAAAGCAAUGGCGGUUCUUCAUGGACAUUCGAUGUCAACUACGUAAAUGUGGCAGCUGGCUCCAUUUACGGUUAUGCCCUCUUAGUUCCAUUGGGAUAUUACUUUUUGAUUCAGUACAUGGGUUCGAGCGUCAGCCUCAUACGCCUUUGGUGCCUGUGGGGAUAUUCCCUUUUCAUUUUUAUCCUGGCUUCUUUUCUGUUGAUUGUGCCGGUUGAGUUUGUUCGGUGGCUUAUCAUAUUAGUCGCCGGUGGUGCUUCUGCCAGCUUUGUUGGUUUGAACCUCGGGUCUUACAUUCAGACCAACGACCUCACAAUUGUGCCCAUCUCCGCAUUUGUGCUGCAAAUGGGUUUAUCUGUCUUCAUCAAGAUGUGGUUCUUUGCUUAG